AUGAGGUUCCUCCUCAUACUUACUGGUGCGUGCUUCGCUGUCCACCAAUCGGUGGACUUGCUUCCUCUAAAACCUCACAACGAAUACGUCUUCCGCUUCGAAGGAGAUGUCCAGUCUGGAGUCCCUGUUUCUAGCGAAAACUCCAUCACUCGCAUACAAGCCAUGGCUCAUGUGCAGACCCCAGAUGAUCGUACCGCCAUGUUGAAACUGAAGGACGUUCGCUUUGCCACUGGGGAGGAUGACCGCAAGGAUAACUUCAAAACUAUCAGUGACAUGAAACCACGUACCAUAUCCAGCAAACACUUGGAACUUUUAGAGAUGCCUGUUCAAUUUGUCUACAAAAAUGGAAUGGUCGCUGAGUUGCACUUCUCCGAAAAAGAAGAGGCAUGGUCAGCGAACAUGAAGCGCUCCGUAAUCAACAUGCUCCAAAUUAAUCUUCACAAAGUCGGAAAAAUCGAUGAGACUAACGUAGAUGGAGCAUUGACGGUUCGCGAAAACGACUUCUUCAAUGCUAAUGAAAGAACUAUCGAAGGAGACUGCGAAGUUGCCUACACAAUUCUUAAGAAGAAAGAUGACAUCACUGAGGUUACUAAGUCAAUAAACUUCAAUAAAUGUUCUCGCCGUCCACAGGCCAAGUACAAUUUCCGCUAUUUAUCUGAAUGUCGCGACUGCAAAGAGGCCGACAACUUUGAACCGAAUACUGUCUACAACUAUGUACUAGAGAACAACGGCUUGAAGAAAGUUGAGAUCGUGAGUGUGUACACCGUUACUGUUGAGAACCAACCUGUAAUGAAAACCGAAGUCCGCGCUAGACUCAGUCUCGAGGACGUCAGAAAGAUCAGGCAACAGUUCGAGUCAUUCAGAGGCAAGAUUGAAAACCUAAUUUAUUCCAACGAGAUGGGGAAACAGAUUGAACGCUUCUAUAUGUAUGGAGACGACGCAGAGGUUCUUCCAUAUGAGCAUGUUACCGACAAAAUUGACGCCAUUCAUAAGAUCAUUGAUGAGAUCAGAGAGCAAAAGGAGAACAACUACGAAAACACUGCCCUCGUGUCCCGUCUUGUUUCCAUACUUCGCAUGUGCUCUCUCCGCGAACUGAGUGCUGUCCAUUCCGACAUCUAUAUGAAGGGUGAUGAGCGCCUAAGGGCUAUAAUGGAGUAUUCACUGGCCAUCGCUGGUACGAAGAACACUGUUACUCACAUACUUCGCCACGUGCAGAAGGAAGGCAUCAAAACCUCCAGAAUUGUGGGCCUUCUCAAGGCCAUUCAAGAGCUGCCGUAUCCUUCUUCGAAAGUCGUUGAAGAACUACUCCGCUUCGCUGAUAGCAGCGUUGUAAAACGUUCUCCAGCUGUCCAUCAGUCCACAUGGCUUGCAAUAGGAUCAGUUAUGCGCGGAGUAGUUGGAGACACAAUGGAUGAGAACCUUUUGGUCGAGAACCACCGCGGACUGAAACAGAGAUACCUCAACAUGUUAUUGAAGCAGUUUGAAAAAGCCGACAAAAUUUACGAAAAGGUGCUCGCUCUCAAGUCUCUCGCAAACGCCGGAAUAGACCUGUCUGUCCAUGAACUCGAAAAGAUUAUCCUGAACAAGCAUGAAGAGUUACCUGUUCGUAUGGAAGCGAUCGAUGCUCUCCGCCUGCUCAAGGAUUUCAUGCCUCUAAAGCUGAAAUCUGUUCUAAUGCCUGUUUACAAGAACCGUCUCGAACAUCCUGAACUUAGAAUGGCAGCUCUUGUCCGCAUCAUGCAAACCCUACCUCAACAACCUGUCGUCGCUCAGAUAGUCUCCACUAUGGAGCGUGAUUCUAAUCAGCAGGUAGCUGCCUUUACCUAUGACUUGCUAAACUCCUUUGUAAAAUCAACCCAUACCUGCUACAAGAAACUCGCCAACGAUAUCCGUCCGUUACUCUCCAUUUCUCGCUAUCAACGCAAUACUCGCAUGCUUACCAGCACCUACAAGCUCUUACCACUAUUCAGUGAAAACCUCAUGAGCGGUGUCAACUUCGAGUUUGCAACAAUCUUUGGAAAGAACUCCGCCUGGCCCAAGGAAAUAAUGAUGUCACUUGACAGUGUCUUUUCUGGAAUGUGGAACAAAAACCUCUUCCAGCUUGGGCUUUCUCAGCAAAACAUCGAGAAGAUCGUCGACAAGCUAACUAACAAACUCAUGAAAUUGGAGCAAAAUUCGCAAUCAAUGAGUCGUGGACGGCGCUUCAAAGAGUCACAGACACUACUCAAAGACAUUGCCAAGAAACUAAACAUUCACCCUCGUAUGAAUGACGAUAAAACUCCUCACGCAAUGCUCUACCUCCGUUAUAAAGAGAUGGAUUACGCCGUUCUACCUCUUGACGAGAAGGUCAUGGAAGAUCUGCUAGAGAAAUACAUCAUAAAUGGAAAAGUUGAAAGAAGAGAAUUGGACUACCUACUUAACCGCGAUCCCGAGUUCAAGCUUCAUGCGGUGACAUUCCUUCAUGAGACCAUAAGAAAUAUGCCCACCACCCUUGGUCUUUGUCUAACAUUAAGUGACAUGCAGCCCACCAUUGGAUACGCUGAGGGAGAUCUCACAAUGGAGAAGACACCUUCUGGGCUUCGUUUCCGUCUAAACACUUCACCCUCAUUUGCUUCCACUCAGAUUUCGGAGAUGAAACUGUGGAACCCUAUUUUUGAACAAGGUGUGAAGAUUGUACGAUUUGCUGAAGCUCGUCUUCCACUUAAUUUCGACGCAGAAGUGCUCUAUAAAAAUCAAUUCGAGCUCAAGUACACCAUGAAUAUCCCGAGCGAGGAGAAGAGCCUCGUACGUGUGUGGUCGCACCCGAAAACGUUCUUCCGUGUAUUGUGUGGACCGAAAUAUUUUGCUGAACUUGAAGAGAAAUCCGUUGUUAUUCCUAAGUGGAGAAGAGUUGCUCAUCAGAGCGAAAAGAUGAUUAAUGUUUGGGGAAUUAAAGCCAUUCUGCGAGGAAACUUCAUCAAUAACUGGGAGAAGCGUGACGUCCUUCUCGGAGAUUACGAUUGGGAGAUCGUUCUACGUCCAUCGCAUGACUUCCCUAAAAAACUACGCUUCUACCUGAACAGCGGAAGAAUGGAGAAGGUGCGUGUUGACAACGUUGACUCCACCUACCUCCUUGACCAAAAGUUUGACGUUGAACCCAGCAAAUAUGAGAAAUUCGAGGAGAGAACGCGCCGUGACCACAUUAAUAAAUUCACUCGUGACAUUGAGAGAUCUGAAGGGUACAAACACCACUUGAAUCUGAGAGUUGAGGCUGUCGAUUCGAACAUGGAGCGUUACGGAAACGCUAAAAUCGUUACCGUUUGUGAGGAGAACCUCCGCUACUGUAAGCUGACCGUCGAGGGAACCUUCUCGCCAUCCGAAGGAGAACGCCGUGAUUGGAAAUUCUUCACCAGCAUGCAAGUACUUCUGCCAAAAAUGGCUAAAUCCCUGAAGGAGCUCAAAAAUCAAGCUCACCGCGAAAUACAGGGAUCAGUGCAGUCGAAAUGGGGAGCCGACGAAAUAAAUGAGCUGAAUGUGAAAUUCCAAGUAGAGCAGAGCAAAGAGCAAAAAGAAUGGAGAAAACUUGCUGACAAGGAGCACAACGGAUUAACUGCCUACGACCUCCUUCGCCAAGCCUCGCUUCUCAACCAGAUGAAGAUCGUCGCAAGCUACGAUCUCACUCCUUCCAUGAAGAACUUCGUCCAUCAACUUUACGAUUACCUUAAAGGAUACACUUUCUGGCACAACAAAGUCACCACAAAUAACGGUGAGCAAGGAAAAGUUUUCCUAAAGCUCAGCGUUGACCCCGUCAGUCGUAGCGUGCUCAAUGUACUUAUGGAAACACCGCACGAGCGCGUAGAAAUGAAAGGUUUUGUUGUUCCUCAGCUCUACCUUCCAUCGAUCGCCAAAAGAUCGCUUCGUGACAUCCGCGAUGAGUUGGUAAAAGAACAAGUCUGCGAAGUUAAAAGCACCAAAGUCCGAACCUUCGAUGACCUCGUUUUCCGCGCUCCGUUGACAAACUGCUUCUCCGUGAUCGCUAAGGACUGUUCAGAAGAGCCUCGCUUCGCUGUUCUUCUCAGAAAAAUCCAGAAGAAUGCUGAUGAAAACGAGCUGAAAAUUAUCAAUGAACGCCAAGAGGUUAUCAAGGUAAGGAUGGUUGAUGGCAGGCUCAGGAUUUUCGUUGACAAUGAGGAGGUUGACAGGGACACCGUGCAAGGCUACAACAUCGAAAAGAUAGAAGAUAACAUGGUUCGUGUGAAAUUAGAAGAUCUCGAAGUUCGCUUCGACGGAUAUGAUACCAAGGUCUACAUUGGUAAACACAUGAGUCAAAGACAGUGCGGACUUUGUGGACACUUCGACGAAGAUAAGGACAGCGAAUUCUACACCCCGAACAAAGAGUACACCAGUGACGUUGAGGAGUUCCAUAAGUCGUAUCUUUUGACCGAUAAGUGCGAAGUUGAGAAGGAGUUCUCCUUUGAGAAGAAAGAUUACGCAAUCGAAACGAAUGAAGAACGCAGUGAUGACUGGUUGAGCGCCUACGAUGAUGAAAAUAUUAGCAAUGAUUUGAAGGACUUCGACGAAGAACCGUUGAAAACCACCCAUGUAAUGGAAUUCCCACACCGCGUUUGCUUCUCGCUUGAACCCGUCCGUAAAUGCCGUAAAAACGAGAAGAUGGACGAUGUGGUCGAAAAGAAAGUCCGCUUCACCUGCCUUCCUCGUUCAUCGCAUGAGACGAGACAACUCCUUCACAAAGCUCGUACCAGUGUUCUCGACCUGAACGGCUACCCUGUUUCGUUUGUUGAAAACAUUCGAGUUCCCACUGCGUGCGUUGUCUACUAG